ACAAUUAAUGUAAAAUAUAGAAAUUCAAAAUAUAAGUGAAUAACAUUUAAAAACAAACUAAAAAACAGGCGAAUCUUUUACAUACGACCCGUCGAUCAAAGGUCCCAUCAAAAACAGGAGUUGCACUGAUAUCCUCUUCUUAAUUGCUUUCAUCGCUUUUAUCGUCGGUUGGAUAGUAAUUGCUAUUUUGGGCUUUAUUAAUGGAAAUCCCGAACAAUUAAUAUUCCCAACCGAUACAUAUGGUGGCAUAUGUGGGCGCGGAGAGCAUAAAGAUAAGCCUUAUUUAUUUUUCUUCAAUUUGUUGAAAUGCACUAAAAAGCUCGACAAAAAUAUUUUCGACCGAUGCGAUACACCCCAGGUGUGUGUCUCUCACUGUCCGAACCAAACAUUUUCAUUAUUUCAAGUGAGAGAUCUGAGCGCCGAUUAUCAGAAGUCAAUGAUUUGCAAAUAUAACUCAGAGAUUCCGAGAAAUGAUAACUUUCAUCGACUCAUACGAGAAGACAAAUGCGCCGGAAUUUACUUUAAGAGCGAACCGUUUGGCGGCCGAUGUAUACCAUCGCUGCUCUCAAUGUACGGCAAGGAUGUGAUCGACGAGAAGAAUACGGGAAAGAUGUUAAUGGAUAAUAAAAAUGCUGUCAUCGAUUUGGAUAUCAUUAAACAAACAAAUCAAGCUAUUGUUUUACUACUAAACGCGAGAGAAAUCGGCACAAAAAUAAUUCAUGAUUUGGACCAAACUUUUAAAUGGAUUAUCAUGGGUUUGGCGCUGGCAAUGGUCAUAUCGUUUGCAUGGAUUCUGUGUAUGCAAUGGUUCGCUCAAUCCAUGAUCUGGUUCUCUAUAUUAGCGGUUUCAAUACGNUCAGCAAUUGUUGCACAAAAAUAUGAUUUCCGGAAAUCAAUGGACACAGAUUUGGAUUCAUACCUAACAAAUCAAAAGACUUGGUUUGCAUUCACCAUAAUCUGCGCUAUAGUCCUAUUUGUCUUAAUAUUAGUGUUACUAUAUCUGCGAAAGCGGAUUAAAUUAGCCAUUGCUUUGAUCGAAGAAGCGAGUCGGGCCGUCUCUUGUGUCAAAUCGUCGCUAUUCUUUCCCAUUGUUCCCUAUAUAAUGCAAUUAAUGGUAAUUUGUUUUUGGGGUUCAGUGGCUAUUUUGAUAACAGCAUCGGCACGACCUAAAUAUCAUGAUCCGCACACUGGUCAGGAAUGUACUCCUCAUAAUUCGGAUCAGACGAGUAGCUCAACUAAUAAUACACAGAAAUGUAUUUUUGCAAAAUAUUACGAGGACAACGUUAUAUUUGCGGCUCAAGUAUACAAUCUAUUUGGUCUUCUGUGGGGCCUAUUCUUUAUAGUAGGAGUCGGUCAAGUGAGUCUUGCGGGUGCUUUUGCCUCGUAUUACUGGGUAUUCAAAAAACCCGAAGGAGUGCCAUAUUUUGCCGUUUUUGGUGGCUUUUAUCGCUGUUUACGAUAUCAUUCCGGUUCUGUUGCAUUCGGAUCACUACUUAUAGCAACGGUUCGCUUCAUUAGAAUAGUCAUUGAAUAUAUCGAUAAAAAGUGCAAAAAAUAUGCCAAUAAUUUCUUCGCAAAAGCGAUUAUCUGUUGUCGGUGUUUCUUUUGGUUAUUGGAGUCGUUUAUGAAAUUCAUUAAUAAAAACGCAUACAUAAUGAUCGCGAUCUAUGGUAAAGGCUUUUGCACAUCAGCCUCCAAUGGAUUUUACCUCAUAUUUAGAAAUGCCACCAGAGCUGUAGUGUUGGACAAAGUGACAGAUCUAUUGCUAAUAAUAGGCAAACUGACGGUCACAUCGAUGGUUGCCGUCCUAUCUUUC